CAGCCAAUAGAUGCUGUUGUUGAGUUGGGCUGGGAUUAGCAGGAGGCGAAUGAGUUUCAAUUUUACUGGAUUACAGAACAAAGAGAGGGGAAAGGGACACCCUGCUCUGUUAAAGGAGACAAAAAGAGGAAUAAACUGAAGGGAAAACACACACACGCACAAGUGUCAUAUAUUUAAAAAGCUGCCGUCGAAAGUCUUUCGCUGCGAUGUUCCGGAUUACGCUUGUGGAUGGGGAUCGUGAGCGUUUGUGAUGGAUUAAAAACCGGGGGGGAAUAAGAACCUAUUCCGGGAUUGACAACAGCAACAAGGCUAUUUUAAUCGCGAAUUAAGAGGCAUGGCUCAGAUGAGGAAGCUGGCGUGUGACGGCGUCAGGGCGAGUGCCCGGGGCGAGCCGCAAGUACCGCUGCUGUCAGCCAGACAGGAGAUCCUCACCAGCCUGGUGUCGGCCCUGGACUCAGUGUGCAUGGCGAUGUCGAAGCUCAACGCCGAGGUGGCGUGCGUCACUGUGCACGAGGACAGCGUGAUCGCCGUGGGCACGGAAAGGGGCCGAGUGUUCCUCAACUCCAGGAGGGAAAUCCAAACAGACUUCUACAAGUUUUGCCGGGCGCCGUGUUUGCAAACUCUGACCACAGCCAACACCCAUACCAAAGACCAGGAAGGUGACGCCAACAAACCGAGCAAGGACGGCGACCACGGGAAACCGAGGGCUCCGUCAGAUGCUCAGUCCAACAUCUUUGUCCUGAGGAAGAUGGUGGAGGAAGUCUUCACUGUGCUUUACAGUGAAGCGGUGGGAAAGAGCAGCCUGGUCCCUGUGCCUUAUGAGUGGAUCCAGAAGGACCCCAGCUGUGUGGUGGCGCAUGGCUUGCCCGAAGGAGUGGCCCUGAAGAAGCCCUCCGAGUAUGACACCAAGACCCUGAUGAAGAUCCUGGAGCAGAGCCACCGCAUCCAGUUCACGGUGAAACGGCCAGCAGACGAUUUGCCCCGAGAAGCCAAAUCCAGCACUGACGUCAAUCACAACGCUUCCGCCGCCACCAUGACGCCAGGCGGCCACAGCACGGGGAAGGCGGUUGCCUUGUCGUCGAGUCCCGCCUCUUCCAGCAACUCCGCUGUGUCAAACUUCCUGUACGGCAUGCCUAUGUCCUCCAAACCUCACCCAGACAGCAAGCUGGAUUUCAAACCCAAGUCCCUCCUCAACCUGGGCAAAGACAGACUGGCCAACUGGACGGCGGGGACGGACAAGAACAUGUGCGCCAAGGACGGCACGAGCAAUGACGAGACAACAAGACUACCUGGUGAACAAGGUCAGAGUCCUCCUGGCAUCCACAUCUCCAAGAGGCUGCUCUUCUCCAUCGUGCAUGAAAAAUCAGAAAAAUGGGACUCGUUCAUUCGCGAAACCGAGGACAUCAACACGCUGAGGGAGUGCGUUCAGAUUUUAUUCAACAGCAGAUACGCCGAGGCCCUGGGUCUGGAUCACAUGGUGCCUGUUCCUUACCGCAAAAUCGCCUGUGACCCGGGGGCAGUGGAGAUUAUAGGCAUCCCAGACCAGAUCCCCUUCAAGAGGCCCUGCACUUAUGGAGUUCCCAAGCUCAAACGCAUCCUGGACGAGCGCCACGGAAUCCGCUUUAUCGUCAAACGAAUGUUCGAUGAAAGGAUUUUCACUGCCGCUGGCAAAAUGGUGAGGGAGGAGGGAAAACACGACCUGGGCUCGACACCUGACGACGGUUUCCUCGACAGUCUGAGUCUCCCGUGCGCCGAGCUGAUCAGCAAUCCUCUCAGCAGCAGAUCAACGAGUGCGUGUGUGAGUCCGCUGGCUGAAUGUGAAGCAGGCCCUUCAGGAGAUUGCAUUCCUGUGAAAAGGAUUAAAACGGAGCCUCCAGAUGGGGAAGUCGUUCAAGUUACAGUGCCAGAGCCUGGAGGUCAGAGUGCGGAGGAGGCUGGCGAUUGUGUCGUUGAGCCCGGGGCGUGUCCAGCCACGCCGUCGCCCGCUGCUUCCACCGCGGCCCCCGCCCCCGCCACUCCUCACCACCCGCUGGAGAAUCACACAGCUGAAGCGGUUUCACCGAGCGCGUCCUCGCAGAACAUCAGAAGAUCCUCUGAAGCUGGGAGUCUGGUGGAGGACAUCAGUGAAAUGAUUCUGCAGCUGCGGCGACAGGUGGAGAGUCUGUUCAGCAUCAAGUACGCUGAAGCUCUGGGUCUGCCCGAACCAGCCAAGGUUCCUUACUCCAAGUUCCAGAUGUACCCGGAGGAUCUGUACGUCAACGGGCUGCCGGAGGGAAUCUCGCUCCGGAGACCCAACUGUUUUGGAGCGGCCAAACUGCGCAAGAUCUUAGCUGCGGGCGGUCAGAUCCAGUUUGUUAUCCAGAGGCCUGAGCUGUUAACUGAGCAAGUAAAACAAGAAAUGCCUUCGAUCCCCGUCUGUGACUCAGAUCUGGACAAGGACGCAGCAGCAGCAGCGUUAACAGAGGACACUUUAUCCAAAAGACCCGGGUUCUCAGAGUGUCUGGAGUCCAAGUUGUCCAGGAUCGACCUGGCCAACACGCUGCGGGAGCAGGUCCAGGACCUGUUCAACAGAAAGUACGGGGAGGCGCUGGGCAUCAAGUACCCGGUGCAAGUGCCUUACAAGAGGAUCAAGAACAACCCGGACUCGGUCAUCAUCGAGGGUCUGCCCCCUGGAAUUCCUUUCAGGAAACCCUGCACGUUCGGCUCCCAGAACCUCGAGAGGAUCCUGGCGGUCGCCGACAAAAUCAACUUCACCAUCACCAGACCUUUUCAAGGACUCAUUCCAAAACCAGCGCCACGAAGAGUCACUUUGCUGAAGAAGGCCUACGCCUCCAUCAGCGGCGACGACGACGACAUGAGCCGCAUGGGAGAGAAAGUGGUUCUGCGAGAACAAGUGAAGGAGCUUUUUAACAAGAAAUACGGUGAAGCUCUGGGCUUGGAUCACUCCGUCGUGGUGCCGUACAAGCUGAUCCGCGGGAGUCCAGAGUCGGUGGACGUCGACGGUCUCCCCGACGACGUCCCCUUCAGAAACCCGAACACCUACGACAUCGUGGCCUUGGAGCAGAUCCUUCAGGCGGCGGAUCAGGUCACGUUCACCAUCAAGAGUCAGCUACAGCCUUUUGCAGAACUCUGUAGUCAGGCGUGUAACACAGCAGUAACAGACGUCUCCAUCAACCGGCGGAAACGCAAGAGAGUCCAUGAAAGCAGUCGAGUCCCCGCCUCUUCUGACCUCGGGAUUUCAACCAAUCAGAUUCCAGUCAUGCAGUGGCCCAUGUACAUGGUCGACUACAGCGGCGUCAACAUGCAGGUUCCCGGAAAAGUCAAUUACUGAUGGAAUAAAGGAAGAGGAAGAAGAAGCUCUUUGGAAAAACUGACUCGCGAACUCUUCCACGCGUUGAAAAACACUAACACUUAUGUUGGAGCGCUAAAACUCUUCGGACUGAAACUCCUUGAAGGUUUUGACCUCUGCGAACUUUGCCGUCUUCGUCGUAAAGGAGCAGCAGAAUGUAUGUGGAUCGCAACGUUAGAAAAAGAAAGAAGGAAAAAAAGACGACUACAGCUAAAGAUUUUACUGCCCUCGCGUUUACGAAGUCUCCACCCACUGAGUCGUGUUUCUUUUUUCUUUUUUUUUCUUUUUAAAUCCGCGAUGUAUUAACUGACAAGGUAAAAAAAAACAAGUCUUUUAAUCUGGUUCUAUAAUAUUCAGAUAUUUGUACUUUUUAUUUAUUAUAUUUAUUGAAAUAUAAACAGUAACGUGCAGGGAUGUAAAAGACAUUAUUCUCCUCUACAGCGCCACCACACUAACACACGCGUAACUACAGGUGAAAUCAGACUCAAAUGAAGUGUCUUAAUCGCAACACGACAGGAAAAACUGUUAAAAACCACACACACACACACUAAAUCAACUGUU